CAAAUAUAAAUAGACAGGCAAUAUUGAACGGGAGUUGGACAAGGCUAAACUGACAACAACAAUGGCAAGAGCUUCUGGUUUUGUUCUGAUGGUUUGCCUAGUGUUUGUAGGUCUGACGAUGUCGUGGAGGAGCGUGGAUGCAAGUGCUCAGCAGGAGUUGAUGAGUUGGAUGGGCACCAAAGGGCGUUGCAAAGGAUCCAUUGCAGAGUGCAUGACUGAGAAUGAAUUUGAAAUGGAUACUGAGAUCAACCGUCGUGUAUUGGCCACAACACAAUACAUAAGCUAUGGAGCCCUGCAGAGUGACACUGUACCUUGUUCUCUAAGAGGUGCUUCCUACUACAACUGUCAAGCUGGUGCGGAGGCUAAUCCUUAUAAUCGUGGCUGCAGUCAAAUUACGCUUUGUCGUAGUUAAGUUACUUGUUUUCUCAGGCUGAUAUCUGGUUUUCAUCUGUAAAAAAGAAUCAAGGAUUCAAUAACUUCUGGAUGGAAGAAGAAUAUGUACCCUAUUAUUGUAUUGUAUCAGAUGGCUGUUUUAUUAUUUGUCGUGAUUUUCUGGUUUUUUUUUUUUUUCUACGAAACCGCCUGUUUUAAUUGAAUUUUCAUUUCUAUUGAUUAUUGUGAUCCAAUAUAUCUGCUUUGUGCAGAACACAAGCUUUCA